AUGGGGGAGGAGGACAGGGAUGGCAGGACGAGAAUCGACGAGAAGCCGGAAUUCAAAUUCUUCAAGCCGACCUUCUUCAAGCCGUCUGCUGUGCCUUUUGUGGUGCAACAUCUUCCGACCGAGAGCUGGGCGCUGCCGGGGCGCGUUCAGUCAAAGCCGGAGGCACCCGGGACGUGUGCUGUCGCUGUCGCACUGUCACAGACGAUGCUCAGCGUCGCUCUCGUCCUCGGGAUUGCAAUCUGUGCACCACCUCCAACAGUGGUCAAUCUUGCCGCUGCUGGCGCCGCUGGCGCCGCUGGCGCCCUGGCCGUGUAUCCCUUUGACAGCAUCAAAACACGGCUGCAGAGCGAGACAGCGCAGAAAAGCUACGGUGGAAGUGGAGUCCGCGCCGCCCUCUCGCUGGUACGCAGUGAGGGCUUGCUCUCUCUGUACAGUGGCCUCGGCGUUCAGCUUACGGGCGUCGUACCCGAGAAAUCUAUCAAGCUGUUUGUGCACGACCAGAGUGCUCCGCUCCUCGGCGAGGCACUCUCCGGCGCGUUGGCGGGGCUGUGCCAGGUGGUUGCCACCAAUCCGCUGGAGAUCGUGAAGGUGCGGCUCCAGCUCUCCUCAAAUCCGGACAGCCCGCUUGGCGUGCUGCAGCGGCUCGGGGCGGCCUCGAAUCCGCUAGUGCUCUACACCGGCGCUGCAGCGUGCGCAGCUCGCGACUCGCUCUUCAGCGCGAUCCUCUUCCCCGUCUACGCCAGCGCGAGGACGAUGCUGGCGGAGGGCGACAUGCACAUGACUGGCGCACUGCUCUCGCUGACGGCGGGCAUGCUCGCCGCGGCGCCCGCUGCGUACCUCACCACGCCCGCAGACGUGGUCAAGACGCGGCUGCAGGAGGAGCGCGAGGAGCCGGCGGAGCUGAGAGACGGCGCUGCGGCGGUCGUCGGUGCGAACGGGGCGACGCGCGGCCUGGCGAGCGGCGGGGUGGGUCCGCUUGCCGCCGGCCGCCGUGUCCUGUCCGAGGGCGGGGUCGCGGGGCUCUUCGCGGGAGGGCCGGAGCGUGUGCUGCGCUCCGCGCCCCAGUUCGGCAUCACGCUUGCGCUGUACGAGGGGCUGAAGGCGGGAUGCGAGGCGCGCGGGUGGCUCUAG